UACGUCUGUUUACCAAACACCAAGAAACCUCAGAAGAAGAUGAUUAGUUUCACCGCGCUGUCUGUUGUUUUGUGGUGAUGCUGGCUUAACACAGACGGUUUGAAAUGUUGUUUCUGUAAAUAGAAAAAUACAGCUUUUUUUUAGUCAAGUCAGUAAAUACAUGUAUUCGUCCUCACCUUCGUCUAAGUGUUGAAUCAAGCAGGAAUAUCUGGAGGAGUUUAUCAUCUGAACUGAGAUCUGUUGCUGUGAAAUGAUGUUUGUUAAACAAGAGAGAGAAGAGGACACGAGUGAACCUGAAAUCUGCAGAAUAAAACAGGAGGAACCAGAAACUUCGAGAAUAAAACACGAGGAACCAGAAACAUGGAGAAUAAAACCAGAUGAACAAGAAACUUUGAACAUAAAACACAAGGAACCAGAAACCUGGAGAAUAAAACAAGAGGAACCAGAAACCUGGAGAAUUGGACAAGAGGAAGCAGAAACCUGCAGAAUAAAACACGCGGAACCAGAAACAUGGAUAAUAAAACCAGAGGAACAAGAAACUUUGAGAAUAAAACACGAACCAGAAACCUGGAGAAUAAAAUCAGAGGAACCAGAAACCUGCAGAAUAAAUCAAGAGGAACCAGAAACUUUGAGAAUAAAACAGGAGGAACCAGAAACCUGGGGAAUAAAACAGGAGGAACCAGAACAAUGGAGAAUAACACUCGAGGAACAAGGAGGCCUGAUGAAAGUGAAAGAAGGAGGACAAGAUCCGAAUAAGGUGGAGGAGAAACAUCACUGUCAGAAAGAUCAUGAUGUCAAUGGAGAAAAAUCUUGCAGCAUUAAAAAACCAGAAGUCAAAAGUCUUUUCAGAUGCUCUCAGUGCGGAAACACUUACAAACAUAAAGUAAGCCUGAAGGAUCACAUGUUAGCUCAUGCUGGAAUAAAGCCUUUCAGCUGCUCUCAGUGUGGAAAGAGUUUUACAACAAAAAGGCUGCUUAAGUAUCAUUCGCUAACUCACAAUAUAGAAAAGCCUUUCAGCUGCUCUCAGUGUGGAAAGAGUUUCAAAAAGAAAGGACACCUUAAUGAUCAUUUGCGAACUCACACUAUCGAAAAGCCUUUCAGCUGCUCUCAGUGUGGAAAGACUUUCACUCGCAAAGCAAGCCUUAAGAAUCACAUGUUUAUACAUGCUGAGAUAAAGCCUUUCAGCUGCUCUCAGUGUGGAAAGAGUUUUACACAGAUAACUCAACUUAAUGAACAUUUGCAUAUUCACUCUUCAGUAAAGCCUUUCAACUGCUCUCAGUGUGGAAAGACUUUCACACGUAAUGCAAGCCUUAAGGAUCACAUGUUAAUUCAUGCUGGAAUUAAGCCUUUCAGCUGCUCUCAGUGUGGAAAGAGUUUUACACAGAAAAGGAAACUUAAUGAACAUUUGCAUAUUCACAGUUCAGAAAAGCCUUACGUCUGCUCUCAGUGUGGAAAGAGUUAUACACACACAUCGAACCUAAAGAGGCACAUGUUAAAUCAUGAUAUAAAGUAUUUUACCUGCUCUCACUGUGGAAAGAGUUUUACACAGAAAACCCAACUUCAGGAUCAUUUGUUUAUUCACUCUUCAGAAAAGUCUUUCAGCUGCUCUCAGUGUGGAAAGUCUUUCACAGGUGCAGCAAGACUUAAGCAUCACAUGUUAAUUCAUGCUGAAAUAAAGCCUUUUAGCUGCUCACAGUGUGGAAAGAGUUUUACACAGAAAGGACACCUUAAUGCUCAUUUGUAUACUCACUCUUCAGAAAAGCCUUUCAGCUGCUCUCAGUGUGGAAAGACAUUUAGAUAUAAAUUAAGCCUUAAGAGGCACAUGUUAAUUCAUGCUGGAAUAAAGCCCUUUACCUGCUCUGAGUGUGGAAAGAGUUUUACACAGAAAGGACACCUUAAGACUCAUUUAGUAACACACUCUUCAAAACUUUCAAAAACAAGAUAACAGAUAUCUUGAGACUCACAUGUUAAUUUAUAUUGAGGUAAAUCCUUUCAGCUGAUCUCAGUGUCGAUAGAGUUUACAGUUAUAUUUAUUCAUUUUAGCAGAAGCUUUUAUCCAGUGACUUACAGUUGGGGAAUAUAUCAAGCAGUUCAUCUCAAAGAGGCAAACUGACACCAUGUUUGUAAUGGCAAGUUUCAGACAUUUGCCGCAUUUCCACCGAAAAUACCCGGAACAUUUGUACCAGGAACUUUUUUCCCCAGGAACUUUUUUCUCCCCAGAUCUGUUGCUUCCUGCAUUUCCACCGCGGUCUGCACGUGUUUCUCAAUACAAAGUGCACUGAUUUUGGACUUCAUCGGUAGUUCAGGCUUUGUGCAGUUGACUCGGGAGUUGUUUUGUCCACAAUGACACAAACCAGUAAUUCUGCAAACAGCAGUGUACUUGAUAACAUCAGUCAGAUCGCCUUGGCUACUGUAAUUUUCCUCACUGUACAUUUACAAUAAAAUGAAUUAUGAUAUCAAAAA